CUUCUGUGUGCCUCCUCUCCUCAAUUCAUCCUCAUCAUCGUCGUCGUCGACAACUUUCUCUCUCUCCAACCUACUCCUCCUCUCGACCUCAUCCUUUUCUCUAUCCCCUUUCCCCUUUCCCCCUCCCCCAUACCCCUUCGUGCUGCCCUAAUUCUAUUCUCUUCUAUAACCUCGCCCUCUUUUAUCCCCCCCCCUCCUCCUCACCCCAUCCCUGUUUUAUUUACCGGAUUGUACUCGUUUCUGUCGCUCACCCAUUCCACCAAACUCCCUCGUUUCGCCCUCUUCUACCCCCGGUUCCGAUUCCGAAUUUCAUCGAUCUCGACCUCCGUAACAGCCUUCAUCUCGAAAAAGGCAUUGAGGUCAUCUCGACUGGAUUCCAUUGAUCCUCUUACUCGAUCAUCCUGGUCGGCAAGCACCGGAGGCACCACCCCCCGAAGACAAGACUCACGGUAACAGUGUGUUCUGCCUGGAAACGAGCAGGAAUCUCUCCGGCAAAUCUUCACCAACACUCGCUACUAUACAUUCACUGUGCUUCUGAUAGCCUACUUCGAUUAUAAUACCUUUGGCGUGGCAUCAUUUGACCAGAAGGCUUGCUAUUUCUUGCCUUCUCUUUCGAUACUCCAGCAUAUCCCCCGUACACGAAUGCGACCCCAAUAGACCACGAUCAUACAGCUGAAAGCCUUCACUGGCCACAGCACACACCCCCAGUAUACCGAUCUCAAUAUGGCUGCCAUGGUUCAAUCGUUUCCUCAACAGUCAGCUCCUGCCAUUAUGCUGCAAUCUCGCCCGGCUUCGGCUUCUGGCAUCCUCCAGAGCACUGCUCAGAGUCAGGUUCACCAAUACGGCCAGAGCUCUACGAACGUCCACCGCAAUAGCUACCACAGCUUAGGGUCAGGCAGUGCUGGAUCCAAUACAUAUCGUGGACAUACUUCUUCUAUGGCACCAAUAGCUCCGUAUGCUUUCACUAGCACGCCAGCUUUGACCAACCCCAGGCAACAAUACAGAACCGCCUCUGCCCCGACUGUCCCUACAGUUUCUACAGGUCACCUCAGUGCUCGUCAUUCUAGAUAUCCAGCACCCGCCUCUGUGUCUACAACGACUUCAUCGUCGUCGUCCAACCUCUCGGGUUCUUCGGCAAGUGAUGCAACUUCUAACAGUGGAGGAGCAGUGACUACUCAGGCAUGGGAAACUACUCUCACUCGUCCUCUGCCUACAGUUAUUACGUCCACACCUUCAUCCAGUGUUGGUAGCAGCGGCCCAUCGACCCCCACAAAGGCUGCACCAGAUCGCUACCGCCGCCCUGCCCACCGUCGUGCUGAUACAGUUCCCACUCUGCCUUCUCCACCACCCCUGGCCAACUCAAAUGCAGCACCAGUUCACCAACAAGGCCAAGCACCCCAGAUAUUAGCGCCGAAUUUCAGUUCCGGAAAUACGCUACUCAACGGAUCCCGUGGUGCUAUAGACGACAUGUAUCUCCGGAGACACGCGAAAGAAGAUCGCUCACGCCGCCGCAGCAUCCACACCGUUGAGGGUUUCAACAACGAGGCGCAGAAACUGGAAAAUUUCAGCCAACAAGGACAACUUCGAAAUGAUCCAUACCAGAAGCCAAGUUACCCGACCAUUCGGCCGUCAUCUUCGCCUGGGAGGACAGAGCGAUACGAGGCGAUCCCCGCGACUCGUCAUUCAGAGCCAAGAGCACCCGGACCGAAGCGAGAUUCAAGCGUGAUAACCGCAGGAAUAAACCCCGCCUCGUCAACCGUUGCAGGAUCUGGGUCGUUGAAACAUGACCAACCUCAGGUCGUGAAUAUUCCUGCCCGUGGUUCCUCAUCCGAUGCGACAAAGCGCACAGCGAACCCCUCCCCGCUCUCUAAGCCGACGAUGAGUACCGAGUCGGCGGUCACCACCAAGGAUACAUUUGCCUCCGCAGUCACUGCUGCUCUCAACACCAACACACCGGAGAAGACAAAUGUAUCGCGACCGCAAAGCCCUGCUACGAAGCAGUUGGCUGCGCUUAAUGCGAAGGGAGGGAAGAAGCCAUCGCGAUUACGACGAGCCUUCUCGUUUGGCAGCGCGGCUGAACUUCGAAAGGCCUCGGCAGAGACGAACCCAAACCACACCGAAGACGCCGCACGUCUUCAGACAUACCAAGAUGAUCAAGAGGCUGAGCAGGCAAGAAUUGCCCGGAAGCAGGAGGAGGGUGGCAUUGGGUCAGGCAUAUACUCUGGUCAGGGCAACUUCUUCUCGGGUUCGACCGACAACUUGUCCAUCUCGUCCACUGCUUCUUCUGCGUCGAUCAUGAUUCGAAAGAUGGGCAAGGGAAUGAAGAAAUCUACACGCUCGCUUGUUGGUCUCUUCAGGCCGAAGUCGGUGAUUGGUGUCCCAGCUGCAGACUCCGCGCUGCCACAAGUAACCACAGGAGAAGUGUCCAUGGUGAAUGUCGAGGCCGAGCGCCCACAAUCCAACGGCAAUAUCUCUGUUCGGGACCAAAGCGGCGUCACUAGUCGCCAAGAGCCAGACACCAGCUCUCUCGAAGCUCCAAUCAAUCUCGGCAGAGCCUCUGGAAGCACCGACAACGUCUCCAUCGGAUCCGACUCUGCACACAGACGUAGCAUCCGAGGAGGCGACAAAGAGCGUGCUGAGGUCCUUGCCUCGGUCAAGAAGGGCAUCCUCAAGCGCUCUGGUACCGACUCCACAAGCUCAUCUCCUGUCGUUCUUCCAGUCGACCACAAGACGCCGAACUUUGGACUCCCACAGAUCCCCAGCGUCGACGACUCGCCACCAUCUUCCGCGCCCAGCACCCCGAACUCCGAUGUGCACGGGCACCGCCGCACCGAGUCGGUCACACUCAACGGCGAGGACUACUUCAUGUCCGCGCUGCGCUUCACGGGCACCGCGUCCAAGAGCUCGCCUGCGACUCCUGCUGCGAAACGCAAUAUCUCGUGGAAGAACGCAGCGAACUAUCAUGAUACAUGGGCAAGCACGGAGUAUGAUCGCCGUGGAGAGAUUGCCACAUGCAAUCGUCUUACGCCGAUGCUCGCGCAGCAGAUCAAGGAGGAGCUCAAUACGUUCAAGAUGGAAAUGGAAGUCCACGAGACGUCUAAAAUAUAUACGCACUUUUUCUAACGAUCAUCACGACUACACUAAAAUUGGUGGUGUUCUCUGCUCUACCAAAGCCGGCAACGUUUUCACGUCCCGCGCUUUAUUUUUCCUUUUCUCAAAGUCAGGCGUCAAAUCUUUCGUUAUCGAACGUCGUUUUGUUUUAUUUUCCAUGGGCAUUUGCGGGGUGUAAUGGGCGCAACAGAGAGAAACAGCACCUUUUGAGCGAUUUUUACCUUUUUUUUUUUUUUUUUUUCUUGCGUGCAUUUGGAUGACUUCCCUACACACUCCUCCACACUUUGCUUUUCUCAUUAUGGUUCGUUUUUGCGUCGUCUUGCUUGUGUUUUUUUUCCGUUGGUGGCCGGCUGGCGAGAAAGAUUCAUGAAAUAGGGGGAGAUUUGAAAUUGGUCGUCUUUGUUUUUCGAUCGAUCGAUCGAAGGAAGGGAAUUACGUGGUGGUUGGGAGGAAACUGGCUAUACUUGAUUUUUAUUUUUCGUUCCUCGCGGAAAACUCAAUACAGCGGCAUGAUGAUAGCGACGUUCCUCAUAUCUCUCCUUGGGCAUUACGAUUCGACACACCAGCAUAACACCCAACUUUACUCGCAUCUCCCACAACACCACCACACACCUAUAUCUCUUCGCGGUUCGCGCGUUUUUUUUAGUCAACAACAACCUCAUGUCCGUGUGUGCGCCGGGAACCGUGUCUGAUCAUCCAACAUUCUGAGCGUUGUUUAUCUUUUUGUUUGUUUUACUUGUCUGGCCGAGUAAUCCGUUUUCCCCACUCUCCUCUGGGUUCCGUUGUUUCGUUGUUGUUUUGAGGGGUGGCGGCUUUCUCGACUCUCGUUGCUUGCUUGACUGGGCAGCUUGGGAGCGAGGAUGAGCAGGAUGACGAUGGAAAGAAGGGUGGAUACUGGAGUGGUGGGGAGUGAGUGGAAGGGGUACAUGGAGUCACUGGGUCGAGUGUGGAUGAGCUGAAUGGAAUGGGCUGGUUUGUUCGGUGAAGACGGGGUGGAAAGUAAUAUGUGGCGGCGAAUGGAUGCGUAGUUGGUUGAUUUGAGCAUUUCAAGAAGAGCAGUUCAGAGCGUGGCAGUCAGGCAGAUGGGACAGAGAGAGAGAUUAGAGAGAAGUGCCGGAGCUAGGAAUCUUAAGCAUCCGGAUUUGCACAUUUUUUUUUGAGCGUUGAACUGGAUAUGGGGUUGUUUCACGUGAUUUGUGUGUAUGGAACACGUUGUGAUUGUGAUGAUGAGGGAAUUCUGGGGGAGAUGGCAGCGGCCUGGGUUGGUUUUAUGGGGUUGUGUAAUCUAACUGACCAUGGUGGUGGGAGCUUUUAAAGAUAUAGUGUGUAAUGUAUGCGGGCCAUCCAGUACCUGGUGGAGGAUCAUAGACGCUGUCAUUAAUCGAUACCCCAUCUACAUCUCCCAAUAGCAA